AUGACUUCAACCGCAUCCAGCGGUAGGAAAGAGAGGCACCUUCCACCUCUGCUCCUGCCUCCAGCAGCGUUGUCCGGGGAGGAGGACCCUGAGCAGAGCCAGACCCUGAGGAUGAAGGUCCAGGUGCUGUCUGUCACUGCGCUCCUCCUGGUGCUGCUCUCUUCAGCCCCAGCACCAUCUGAGGCACUGGGGGGCCACACCAGCACCCUGAAGAGGCAGCUAGGAGCUGAGGGCCAUGGAGAAGACCCUCGGGCGCUUGGAGAUGGAGGGGACAACCUGCCCAGGCAGGGCUUGGUGGGGAGCCACCCCCUGGCUGGUGCAUGGGAGGUGAUGGGAGAGAUGUCUCCCAGCUCCGGGUCCCCCAGCAAGGCCUUGGCCAAGCCCUCACCGGGCAGCAGCGAGCCCCAACCCCUUGGCAAGCUCCGGAGACACCCACGGCAGCCCUCCCGCAGCAGGAGCCCGGGGCUGAGCCAUCACCUGAAGGGUCACGGGAGGUUCAACGGGGACACGCACUCCUGCCACAGCAUCCACUCCCGGCCCUGCCAGAAGCCCUCCGACUGCGGCGGCUGCCUGGGGCUCUACACCUGCAGGCUGCUGGCGGGUACCUGCCACCUGAAAGCCGUCUCCAGGCAGAGAGGUGGGUAG